UCACCCAAUGGGAGAGCCUCGCGACGAAAGUAUAGAGCGGAGACUUAUUCAGUAAUUAUCUAUUACGAACUGGUAUACCUGCAUUCUCUCUGAAAUCGGUAUUUUCAAACCCUGCUAAGUGCGAGGAGGGACGUUUGUGAAUUAACUUUUCGGAGGCGCGCAAUCGGAGGCAGUGUUUGGGCCUGAGUCAUGGCCUCGCUCGGUGGCUUCGUCGAGUUCUUCCAAAAAGGGAAAUUACAUCCAAAGAAAACCUUCAGGCCAAAGAAGAAAUUUGAGCCUGGGACUCUCAAGUACUCGUUACACAAGCAGGCGCAGGCGUCACUCAGCUCGGGAAUCAACCUGCGUUCGGUGGUCACUCUGCCGCCCGGAGAAGAUCUCAAUGACUGGAUUGCCGUUCACGUGGUGGAUUUCUUCAAUCGCAUCAACUUGAUAUAUGGGACAGUAUGUGAAUAUUGUACGGAGAGUUCCUGCCCAACUAUGUCUGGAGGACCCAAAUUUGAAUACUUGUGGGCUGAUGGUGGGAAGUAUAAGAAACCAACAGCUCUCCCUGCACCACAAUACAUAUCACACCUCAUGGAUUGGGUAGAGACGCAAAUUAACGACGAACACACUUUUCCAGUCACUGUCGAUGUGCCCUUCCCAAAAGCCUUCAUUCCUUUGUGUAAGAAGAUUCUUACACGUCUCUUCAGGGUUUUUGUCCAUGUAUAUAUCCAUCACUUUGACCGCAUUGUGGCUAUUGGAGCCGAAGCCCACGUCAACACCUGUUACAAGCAUUUUUAUUACUUCAUCACUGAGUUCGACCUAGUUCCCCAGAAGGAGUUUGAACCUCUUAAAGAUAUGACUGCCAAGAUUUGUCAUGACCACCCAGAACCUCCAAUAGAAUCCAACCACAGAAGACAGUGAGUUUCUCAUUAGGAGAGAGAGAGAGAGAUGACAAUAUGGGAGAAAGAUAAUAAAGCUUCCAACUUGCGUGGGAGUGAGUUGAUAGGAUAUAUUUAUAAGUCUGGUAUGGUUUGAUGCGUGAUCAGCUUUUGUAUGUUCCAGGAUGUGUAAAAGUAUGGAUCUGAUAAGGUUUAAAUAGUUCCCACUUAGGUGAAUAUGGAAGUGGUAUUUGUAAUAAAGGUGAAACUGGACCUUAAGCUUUAUAUAGGAUUUAUUGUUGGUAUAAUUGAUAAGUGUUAGACAAUAGGCCAGUGUAGGCCAUUAAUUCUUUGGUACUCUUAUUAAGAAGCCAUAAAGAGAUAACUAUGGCUUACUGACAAAAAGGGUUUAUAUUUUUGUUCAUCUAUGUUUUUUGUUUUUGCUUUACCUCUUUUUUUUCAUUCUUUUUUCUUUUUUGAGUAAAAGUGAGUUACUUAGAGAUCAUAUAAGUAAGGAUAGAUACAUUUUCCAAUGUUGAUAAUGAAAAUUAUCUUGGACUUUGUAAUUAUAUCUGUGGUAAAAGCAUAAUGUUCAGUAAUUACUUGUCAGUGAUGUAUGUGUGUGUAUAUAUAUAUAUAAAUAAUAGGUGUGUAAAUGACUAAAUGUAAGCCCAAGAUUUUAUAUGUCUUUUUCACUAAGUUCAUUUUGUUUUCCUCCCACGAUCAUUAUAUUGUGAAUAUGACACUGAAGUGAAUGCUUAUAGCUUCAAAAACUUUAGUAAUAUUUUGUUGCUUUGGCUUAUAUCCGUGCAGAAACACAAAGAAAAGUAAAUUUAAGUUUUCAGAUGCCUCUAAACUUCUGCAACAAUGAGAAUUCAAAGCAGAUAACACAAAACAAUAUAUAAGAAUUAAAGAAAGAAAAACAAAGUUAUUGUGUUCAUAUUUUAUUGUGGUUGUAUUAUUUAUUUCACUAAAUGUAAAAGAAAUAUUUUUAAAAAGUCUGUGUAAUGCACUGUGUUUCUCGAACUUUCUUUUUCUUAUAUUCUGCAUUUGAUUUAUCUUGGAUACCAGCAUUUCUGUAAAGAAAAUAGGCCAAACUGAACAUUAGAAAAAUAGUUUUCUGUUUUAAUUUUUUGUGGCUCAACAGUAAGAAAUAUUUUAUUUGUUAUACUGUGCAAUAUGGAUUCAGAUUAGAUCAGAAGAAUUUGACAAUAGUUGAUUUAAUUUCUAUUGUUUUGAAAUCCUAAAGGACAAAAAUGAUGUAUCAGAAGAGUGAGCUGAUUAUAUAUUUACAAGAAAUGCCUUGAGUUUAUGUAAAAUUCUAUAGAUUUACUUAGUUCCCCUCCAAAAUGGUAUUUGAGUCAUUUGACAGAGAAUAUUGAUGAAUAUUUGGCCAGUUCUUGUAAAGUAGACUUGGUAAACAGUGAAAUUUAGAAGUAUUUACAUUAUGAAAUGUAGUGAUCUGAGAAUUGUGUAAGUUUAUUAUAUGUAUCUCAAGAAAUAUGCAGUAUUAUGAAAGCCACUCAACCGUCCACAAUGUUUAGUCAAUGUACAGGUAUUCACAUUUACCUGUAAGCCUGUUUUUUUUUUUUCAAGCUUUUGCCAAUUUUAAAGCUUUUAUUCACAAAAAUACCUCUUAAUAUUUGCUUUUAAGCAAUAAGAUGAAAGUAUUGGUUUUAAAUCUGUGACAGUCAUUGUCCAGUUCUCUCAUUCAAAAUCUGUUAAAAAUGAAGUUUUAGUCUUCAGGAAUACCACUUCUAGAAAUGUUAAGUUUUGUCAGAAUUUAUGUACUUAGAAUAUCAUUUAUUCAGUUUUUUUAACUCCUGUUUUAUGUUCCAUUUGCAGCCAAAUUACCAAAGCAGACUGCAUUGAGGUGCUUAUUUUCCCUGAUUGGUUUCCAUAUGCAAGUAACAGACACAUAAAUACAUGGCUCUGACAAAACUAUAUAUCCUUUCCCCGAAUUUCACUAAUCAUCAUUUGAUUCUAAUAGAACCACUUAUUAAUCGCUUGAAAGCUUUUUAUGUUUUAUAGAGAAAUGUUGCUGUGGAUCACAUACUACAUGGACAUACAGGGUACCAUGAAAAGGGUCAACAACUUUAGUACAUAUUUCUUUUUGUGUGUAUGUAGUCUUUUUUCUGGAGUUGAAUAGAAUCACUUUACAUAUUAUGAGAUAUGAUUUUUGAUAUCCUUUUUUUUUUAAAGAUUUUUUUAAUGCAAAAAUGGAAGCUGUGUAUUUUCGAUAUUCUAUUAAGCAUUAUUGUUUGCCAUUGAUAUUACUUUAUUUUGUAUGUACAAAUGGAUUCACAUCUCUUUCAUAAUAAACAACUUGUAUUGUCUUUGUUAAAUUUAAUAGCUUAUUAAUUAUCCAUUGUAGAUUUAACUCUUAGUUUGUACUUACAUGUAGGCCACAUUAUCAUUUAUAAUAGUUCUGAAUUGGAGUUAUUUUCUUAAAAGUACAAGUUUCAAGAUGCCCCCCCCCCCCCAUGUGUCAACUUCGGUUUAGUAGAUCAUUUUCAUCUUUACACUGUGUCAUUUCCCUUAAAUUACUUAUUGAUUAAGUAAGAAUUGUUAAAUGCUUUUUAUGAGCGGUCUGAUGCCUCAAAUAUUGGAUUUGGUUAGAUGCUGCAAAGGGGUCGACAGUACAUUUUCCCAAAAUAACAAAAAUUAAACCAUCCGAGAAGGGUAUCAUUCCAGGAUAAUUUUUUCUUUCUUUUAUUAUUUUUAUCUGGUAUAUAUUUUUACAGUUCACAUCAGAUAUUAAGCAAAAGGAUACAUAAUAUAAUAUGAUAUGAAAAAAGAAAUUUGGAGUAGUUAGUUUUAUGUAUUUAGUUUCGUAGAUAGUAAAGGAGUGUAGAACAUGAAGUCAUUACAUAUUUCAUUGAUUUAAAGUGUUUUGUUUUGUAGAAUAUAAGUGCCUGUUAGUAUGAAAAUUAGUAAAUCUUAAUAGGUAUGAACAGUUGGGAAUAUUAAGUGAAAGAAAAUCUAAAUCUGCUAAUCUGUGAAGUGUAUCAGAUAUUCAUGCAGUAAAAUCUUGCUUUGCAGGGGGUUAAGUGUGUAUUAUGUGUUUGUUGAUAGGAUUUUGUGCAGUGACUCAUUAAGAAGAGGUCUACAUUGUCAGAGGAUACAUUAUAGCUUAAUCUGUGUUUAUCUUGAAUGAAUGAAUGGAAAUAAGCUGUACUGCUGUCUUCCCCCCCUGGAGUUUUACUCUUGCACUCUCUCUGUAGCCUUAGAAAUAGGUGCUCUGAUAAUACAGACCUGGAUUUGUUGGAGUUGAGAUAUGUUAGGGAAUAUUGAUGCAAAUUUCUUUAUCAAAGUCCAAAGGUGAUUGUGAUAUGAUUGUCAGCUUAUGGAUAAGUAGUAGUUGUUUGACUGAAGUUCUUUGUUUAGCUUUUACUGAGGAAAGAUUAAUCCUGUAAAGUUAACAAUCUUUUUUUUUUUUUUUACAAAUUAGUCAUGUAUAUUGGAAGUAAGUAUCAAAUUUUGGUCUGUCAUUUAUUUGUAUGCCAUAUCUGUACAUUGAAAAAAUUAUAUACUUUAUUUAUUUUCCUUGUAGAUGUUUAUUUUGCAAUGGCUAUUUUAGUUUUCAAUGAUAUCAGUCAAAGCACUGUGAUCCUUUAAUACACAUCAAGUAGUUCAGAAAAGUCAUUUGAAUCUCAUUCAGAUUUCAUGUGAAUUUUACAUUUUGUUCUUAUUUACCCUUUUCACCCAUUUUUUUUAUAAUUUUAUAUCCACUACAUCCCAAAGAAAUAGUUAUGUUAAUUCUAUCCCCAUGAUUUGCCUGUACCUAAGAAGUCAUAAAAUGAAUUAACCAAAAAAUUACAGAAAAUGGAAUUUCUGUGCAAUUGGUGCACUUUGCCCCUAGUGUUUGGUAAAGGAAUGUUUCUUAGGUUUUAUCACACCCAGUAGUGAUAAUUUUAGCCAUACCUUAGAAGAAGCCCUGGCAUGUGUCAUAUUGGUUUGUUUAUCCUUGGGUAACUUGUCAUUUUUGUUUGUAUGUUCUGAGGAGGAGCUAAGCAUAAGCUCAGGGAAUCAUGCAGAGGUGUCCAGUUUCUCUUAAUACAGAUCAAGGCAAAGAUGAAGCUUUUCUGUCAGAUUAUGGAUUUUGAGGUUUGAAAAAUUGCUGCAAGGUUAGUAUGGUAGCUGUGUAGUUAACUCCUGAAUAUAAAUAAUAUGUUGGAUGUUAACUUGGCAGAAUUGUUUUCAAAUAGAUGGCAAUAUUAUGUUUCAAUAACUAAUGUAAGUAUAUGUGAAGUUUCCAUGACUGGAAAAAUGCUUUGUCAUUAGCUGCUAAUGCUCUGCAUUAAUAUUCAUAUUGUUCAGUAAAUUGUUUUAUCAAAUUUAAACCGUUUCUUAAGGGCUUGUUUAUUUUACCUUAGCCAUUUCAUCCUAGGAAGGAUAAAAGAACAUUGACAUAAAUUAUAAAGUAUAUGUUUAACAGAGAUCUGUAUCUUGAUUGUGAAUUUCUGCUGAAAAUAUUAUACUAACUAUUACCUUUACUAUUAGGAAUGAGCAGGUGUUAAUACAAUAGAUAAUUUUUAUUUACUUGCUAUGUGAACAUUUUCAACACCAAAGAAAUUUUGGUUUUAAGUAUAUUGUUUAUUUUAUAAUGGUGAUGAUUUUUUUUUGUCAAUAUUUUUAUUGUUGCACUCGCCUGAUUUUGCUUCAUAGCAAUUUAUAGGAUUUUUGAUUUACUGUACUGAAGCCAAAUAAAGUAUUGGAUUUC